AUGCGCCCCGACCGGCCUCGCGACCCCGUCACCGGCCCCGACGAGGGCCCCGAGUCCCCGUAUCCCAUCCGCAUGAGCGGUCCUGUCAUCAAAGGCUUCGGGCGGGGCAGCAAAGAGCUGGGCAUCCCAACAGCAAACAUCCCCGCCGAUGAGCUCUCCCAGCAUCCCGAGCUAUCCGUGGGCGUCUACUACGGCGUCGUAGCACUAGAUCCAGCGCGAUUCUCAACGGGAGAGACCGUCCUCCCCGCCGUGCUGAGCAUCGGAUACAAUCCUUUCUACAAGAACGAAUCCAAGUCAAUUGAAAUUCACAUCAUGCCGCCCCUCUCCGCCCCCUCGCCGACCGCCACCACCUCCACCGACGGACAGGUCACUUUCCACAAACUACCCGAUUUUUAUGGCACACCGCUCAACUUGCUGAUUCUGGGGUAUAUCCGUCCGGAGUAUGAUUAUAUUUCGUCGGAGGCGCUGAUUGAGGAUAUUCGCGUGGAUUGUGAGGUCGCCAGGCGGAGUUUGCAGCGCCCGGCGUAUCGGUGUUAUCUCGAUGCUAGGGCGGUGGAGGAUCCGGCUUGCGGGGGAGAUGUAAGGGAGGCGAUUCGCUGGUUGACCAAAAUUAUUAGAAUGGACCGUCUCCGCCAACACCUCCGUCGUCGUCGAAGCAGCUCCGCCGGAACAACCCCUUCCAACAGUCACGGUACACCACUACAAUCUCCCCCAUCAGCCAAUGACAGGCACAGUCGUCGUCGCGAAGCAGAAGCCUCUCCCCCGCGCAGACUGUACCUGACCUCCGAUACUCCCGACUUCGACGCGGGGAUCCUAUCGCGCUACCGCGCUGAGGGAUUCGACGUCGAGUAUAUCCCCUUCCGGGGAUGUCAGAAUGCAGAUGGCUGUGGGGAUGUAGAUAAAGAUCGCAAGGAAUUGGAGAAUCUGUUGCAUGAGAGGGAAGAUGAUCUCGAGCCCGGGGAAAGAUAUGCUGUCGUUGCAUUCAACAAACCCGCUCACCUCCUCCUCGAAUCCCAUCACCAACCAUUAACAGCCACAAAUCCAUUCCCAAGACUUUGUGCCCUGGUGGCUUAUUACCCUGAUGGACCCAUCACCACCACCACCAACACCAACAAUAACCUCAUCAGUACAUCCCCAGACACUGCUCGUGGAACAGGAAGUACAUCCUCAACAACGACACCUACAACCUACCCCCCCUCCAUCCCUCUCCUCUGUAUCCAGAUCCACCUCGCCGGUCCUUCCACAACCACCUCUUCAAUAGCAGAUAACCUCCUCAACAACACCAACAACCACCCCCGGAAACGCCAUCGCUGCCACGUCUUCACCUACCCCGAGUCCUCUCCCCGGUUUGCCGAGCCUUCUUCAUCGAACUAUGACAAGCUCUCCGCACGACUAGCAUGGUCCCGCGCCCUCGAGACCCUAAAGCGCGGCUUCGGAUGGCCCGCGACUAAAUGGCGAGUCCCGGAUGUGGAGAGCGUGUGGGAGGAGUAUUGGCGAUGCUUAUCUGCUUCUGGAGAAGGGGGCGGCAGUGGUGGUGGUAGUAGUGAGAGAGAUGAAGAAGACGAGCGCAGCCACCGCGCCGCAGAACUAGUAGGGUUAAUGGUGGGGAGUGGAAUGGGUGUGCAGUUGGAGAGUGUGCAUAGUAGUAGUGGGAGUUCUUCAUCCCCUAUAUAUACCCGGGGUGCAGGGACGGAGACAGAGACAUGCACGAUUGAAGAGUCGCCGGUCGUGGUGUGUGUGCCUACUUGUGCUGGUGGAACAACACCAUCCACCAUAACAAAAUUCUACACCAACAGCCACUUCCUCUCUCCCUCUCCCUCUAACCAAGCCAUCCGUCUCCUCUCCCGUACUACAGGGCCUGAUCGCAUCGUCGAUGAACUCCUCCUAACCUUCACGCAUGAUCGUGCCAUUCCCUGGUUACUGCCGAAUUUGCCCCCAACGGGGAAGGAGGUUAAAGUGGCGUUGGUGCUGGUGGCCAGUUUCACGGCGGGAAAGGUCGCCCGCGUGCAUGCUUAUUGGGAUCAGGCCAGUGUGUUGGUGCAGGUGGGGGUUUUGAAUAGAGAUCAUUUGCCGGUUGUUGGGGCCGAGGGGGUGGAUAUGGUUGUUUCUUAG